CUAAGAAAUAGUUGUCGACUCGUGUUCUCGACGUUGGUCACUGCUUUGAACAAAUCUUUUCCGCUGUAGAUGUGACUCGAACUUCAGCAGCUUUGAGAUGCCAACGAAGCGUAGGAUUGCAGCGUUGUCGGCCUCGGCUAGUGGGAAUCCAAGCGCAGAUCUCGCUUCCUGCUYKAUGCUCUCGUCUUAUUUGUCGGCGGGGAACCAUCCCGUCGUCCCGCGGAUUGGUAGCAGCAAGAGCGAGGGACCCGUUKCCCUGCCGUUAUUGGAAGGACUGUGCGACCGACCAGGUGCGGCAGACAGGAUAAUGAAAGAUGCACUUGAUCGAUGGAAAGCCAGCCGGCAUAUCGUUCGAAACCUCGAGUUKCUUUGGAACAAGCACAAAUCAGGACUCCAACGAGGCAGCAGUGGCRGUAGACAGAAGAAGCGAUCCGAAGCAAAGGYGGAGGGCCCACCCCCCUCAAAACGCCGUCGUCGAGAUAGCGGAAGGAGAUGCAACGAARCAAAGCAGCAGGAGGCAGUGGUCUCACGACAGCAUCGCCAGCGACAAAGAGAGGUGGAGAAAACCUAUGAAGCUCGAUAUUAUCAACAACGGAAACGGCUGGGGGCAUCGUCGCCAUACUUUCACUGGUUGAUACGAUCCCUCGCUUCUCCUUCGAUUCGAGAACGGAGGGUAGCCUUCAAAAUCCUCGCUUUGGGCUGUCCUUUGGACGAUGCAUCUAUUCGGAGCAUGAUCCAACUCGUGGUCCUUCUCAUCAAAGAAGGCAAUCCUUCCCGUGAUACCGAUGCCACCUGCAUUGUCGGGUGGAUGGCCCUGUUGAAGUUGCUAGUCAUCAAUGUUUUGUCUGGAUCGGAGCGAUUGGCCUACUGUGUUUGUCCURAAAUUGGUCUCGCAUGGCUCUGCCGUGCUCUCUGGAAAAUUUCGUCGUCUGUGGCAUCAUCAUCCACGUAUCAACAACAGCACAGCGGGACCGGGGCCACGCGCGUGUGUCUCUCGUUGAUAGAUCUCAUCCAUUCUCUCGUCCUGUCGGGCACCGACGACASUAUCCAUCUGAUUCACAAAGUCAUAUGGAGCGAGGGGCGACAAAAAGAAGCGCUAAACUGUGGUUUUGAUAGCGACCAACAAGUGCUUUCGCCCCUUGCAUGUUUGAUGGCGACGUAUCAUUUGUGGAAUGAGACCCAUCGAGGCAAGAAAUCUAUGGAUGAAAAAUAUAAGACGAUGAUUUCACAACUGAUUGAUCCAUCAUUGUUGCCAAAGGUUGUUCCUCCUGCGAAGGGUACUGACUGUGCCAACUACAAUGGGCACAAAAGUGACCAACGAUUGGCAAUUUUUCUGGGGAAGAGAAGAGAAACGGUUGGCACUAGCAACAAUAAAGAUGAUGACUCACCUGAGRAUGCGACAGAAACAGCGACGAAGGAAAGGUCAUCCUCAGCAACUUCAAACGACAGUAGCAACAAUCCAACUGCCUCUGCUGCUGCUAAAAGAAACAACGAUAACAGUGACGACAGCAAUAACAUCGCUGCUGUAGCAUCGCCCGGAGGUGAUUCUUUGACAUCAUCGGCUCUCGGUUCUCCGCGAAAUGGYACAGACAGAUCAGCGAUCACGACAGUCGCGAGGCUCUUUAGUUCUCUUUAUGGAUCAAACAACUCAGUGAAUGUAGGUAGUGAAGAUGCUGGGAAUUCUGAGCAACCUAACGAAGAGCAAGAGCUUGUCGGUAUGUAUAGCGUUGACCAUGAUGUCGACGAAGAAGCUGAUCAAAUUUGUGAAACAGAUCAAAUGACUGACGACGAAGYGCAAGUGGAUCCCGACGACGGUGACGGAAAUCAUCAACCAGAGGAGAGUAAGGAAGUGACCGUCACGAGCGAACGAGAGCCCCAAAAGAAAGACGACAAAAACGACGAUGUCAGCAAUCAUACUGAUAAUGAUUCAUCGGAUGACAAUAAUGAAAUCAAUUCGGAAGAUGACGAAGAAAUAGAUUCGGAUGAAGGGGAAGAUUGCGUAGAUUUGAAUAGUAUGAUUGACAUAGAAGAUAUGGAAGAUGACGAAGAUGAUGAUCAUGAAGACGAUGGAAUAAUGAUCCACGAAGACGAACUUCCCUCCAUUGAACAAGGAUUGCUGGAGCUUCAGCGAGAUUUUACCAUCCGAUCGACAAAUCCAACAUCAUCAAGUGGAAAUGUCUCUUCUACGAGUCCGUAUCCAACCGCAUCGGGUGGGCAAGGUGUAAGGGAGCGCUCUCAACUUUACAUCAAAGCAGCAAUGGAAGUCCUAGCAAUACAGCAUCCUCCUAUUUCCAAACUGAAAACACCACUAUUGCAACACAAACYCAAAGGUACGCCUCUAACUUUUGAGGGUGAAAAGGCGCUWAUGGCUUCAAUUAUGCAUAUUGUGAAGCCCGAAAAGAAACCCUUGAACGGAAAAAUCAUUCUUAGAAGGGCACCGACACAAGAGGAGUUUUUCAGGGGCAAUCUUUCUAAAAAUCCCGUUUCAUUUAGCAUGCUCAAGCCUCCCAGUAGUGGUAAUACCCAGGUUGAACCUACGGUUCGAGACCUCCGUCAAUUUAUCGCUAGUGACCUACAAAUGGGAGAUAGUGCUGAGCUAUUGGAAGUUUUGGUGGCAAACAAAAUUCUAGAUGUUGGCUUGAAACUACGAGUCGUUCUCCAAACAGUUUGGAAAGAACACCUCAUGCAGCACUCGGGMGGCCCGUCGUCGUCCAAUUCUCUUUCGUCUCUUUUGGUUAGAGAGAGUCGUGGAGGAGCUCGAUCCUUCCUCUCUUCGAGCUCAGGCCUGUCACUGAUGCUGUACUCGAGUUUGGAACGGUCAACAGGAUCUUCUGGAAGAGCUUCACUUUCGAUUACUGAAGAAACCCCUGUUGAUGCCUUACCACCCAUGGUCAUGACCUAUCGUUUGACGGGAGUGGACGGGGAAGCAACAGAGGACACAGUAUCAACCUUGAACGAUCCUGAGGCACCGUUGGAGUCUUCGUCACARGAAGAAAUUGAAUUGCGCAUGGAGAAAGAAUAUGGUAUUACUCGAACGAUCAUGACCGGACGUGGGGUAUUUUGUUUAUUGCGAUCCGUUCAGUCGAACAUCCUUCAUACCCUACAAAAAAUUCGACGGGACGGGGAGGGAGGAUCCGAAAAUCACGCACGCAGAAUUUUUAGGCAGUCAUUUUAUCCAGGACUGAGCCUCCUUGUAUGCUGUGCCAAACUUCCGAGCAAUMGAAAGCUGCUGUUGCGAGCUCGAGCACCAACAAUACUGCUUCGAUUACUCUUGGACGUACUUCAUGCCUUGGAGGAGGACGGCAGUGAUCAGUCGUCAGAGAGCAAUUCUACCGCGACGGCAUUACAAGAAUUGAUUACAUCAUUAGCAUCGGAUAUUUUGUUGGUUAAUGGGGAUACCUCUUCAGACCAUAAUGAAGAAAGCGAAGCAGAUGAAGAUGCAUCGACUCUGAGACUUUUGAUACAGUCCAUAGAAACUUCUUCGCUAAGUAGAUCAUUGAGAAACGUCAUAGCAAGGCUGGUUCCGUACCUUACCUACGGGAAACCGACACUUUCGGAGGAAUUAGCUCUAGAAUUCAUGUCUCACGUUGACUCGGAUCAACUCGAGGAGUAUGAAAUGGAUGGAGGUAGCAAUAGAAGAAACAGCUGCAAGCCUCAAACUGUUCUGAUGGACACAUUCAUCCACGCCUCGAUCAGCUUACCAGCCAACGAUGUUUGUAAUUCACUUAGAAUAGAGCUUACAAAAUGUGGAUUCGUCAAGAGAAUUGCACGUCAUAUUUUGCAUGGUUGUCCUGGCGAGCCACCUUUUUGGUCCCCAUCUCUCUGGUCGAAAGGAAAAGAAGCUAGCAAACAAAAGCAAUUGGUUCUUGAAAAGAAAUGGAAAACAUACUCCAAACGUACCGGACUGAAAACAUGCUUUGAGAUUCUCAUUGGAUUAAGCAAGGAACAUGAGCCUACCCAAGCUCUUCUCGGAGAAUUGAAGGAGGGURAUGUUUCUUUUCUUCAAUUCUGUCACUGGUUGGAAUCAACAUCAGAUAAUUCUUCUGCGGCUAUCACAAUGAAGGGUUUUGGAUUGCUUGCUGAAACUUUGCUCGAUGAUAUGGCCGAAUUUGGAAAGCCGACGUCGAAAGAAAUAAAGAUCAUCAAAGCCCUAAGAAGGAGAUCAAGAGAUCGGAAAAAGGAAAUCGCAAUGGAUCGUAGGAAGAAAAGUCUCAUGAGUAUGAAUAAAUUUGGAGCCAUGUC